UACGCCAAAUUUCAAGUCCAAACUCAAGUUUCUCUCUUUUCGUUUGACUUCAACCCGAUAAUCGAUGGUUUUGUUUGAUCAACAGCUGGUUGGACAAUAUUCUCCAUCCCGCCCCGCCCCCUCGAGCUGUUAGCCAAUGACCACCUCCACAGAGCCUACGUCACGUUGUUUACCCGGAAGUACAUGCACGCAGUCACCGCAGCGUUUAGUGGAUGAAUUUCUGUCCAUUUUUGCUCUAAAGUGAGCUCAUUAAAAUGUACAGCGGACUCCUGCCUAAAGGCUUGACCGAGGAAGACCUGAGUCCAGAUGAGGAAGACGGUGGUGAAUGUUCGGUUAAACCCCCUGGAUGUCCCGCAGGACCGUCCACGGCGGAGACUGCGUCCGCCCACGGCGGCAGCAACCCACAAACAGGCGACAUGCCGGGGGUCCCCCAGGAAAUGUGGCGAUUCCAGGACCUGCGAAAGAGGAAAAAUGAAACGAAAACGAUAAAGAUUCGCGAAAAACGAAGAAAAAGACGCAGAAAAGGAGCAGAAAGACGGGAACCUGCAGGAACCAGGGAGCAGGAAGAGGAGCAGCAGAAACACUGGAAUGACUUACAGCAGUAUUUCGGCGUAAAUGAUCGAUUUCAGCCUCCUCCUUGUUCCAAACCGCCUCCAAAGUCCGGCCUAGAAAAGAACAUUGAGAGGGCCAUCGCUGAAGGGGACUUUGCAAAGGCGGAGGAGAUGAGCGACAGACUCGCCACUCGAGAGCUGGCCGUGAAAAUCGCAGAAGCCGCCGACUGUCGAGACUUUGUUCAGCGCAAACAGGAAGAGGAAGCUUCCAGGGCGGCGCAGAAGAGAAAGGAGCAAAUCACCUGGGGGUUCGAGGCAAAGAAACGAUGGGAAACCAAAAGCAACAUGGGCUUCAUGUGACACGCACUGCUCUGCUUGAAGGCUUUGGAGGAUUUGCACCAGCAACCAUUGAAGAGGAAAAGUCAGGCUCUUGGCUGACAGCAAGCCCAUCCAGAGGGUUUCAGAGAAAAAGCCAUCAGGCGUUGGAGGAAAUGCCGGAGGCGCCCAUCGGCGUCUGCAUUGUGUUUUCCAUUCCAUUGCAGAGAUUUGAGCUUUCUGGCUCCGUUUUCCCCUUCAAAUUAAAUCUGGUGUACAUUACAGGAUGAGGCGUUUAUUUAUUGCUGUAAAGUGGGUUAAUCAUGGAGGCGCUCCUUUCUUCUGAGCAGGAAGUAAAAGAAAAGAUUAGGACUCUAAUGCAAUGAACAGGAUAAUGCGCCGUAGGAUUCCAGAGUGGAAUUGAAAUGUGGCUGCUGGAAAUUGUUUGGAGCUGUGGUAAAGUUGAAGUUUGAAACGGAGGCUUUGCUGUUGGCGUUGGUCCACGCUGAAGACGAGCUUUGUCUCUGUGUUCGAACACGCGGCGUGUCCUCGUGCCCACGCGUGCCGCUAUUGUCUGCUGAGCUGCAGCAUCUGCUCUAGAAAGCAUCAACCGCUUUGAUCUCUGCAGAUCUGCAGCUCCUUCAAACUUCCCGAAUGCUCCUUCAGAUUUCACCAACACUGCACUGCAAUAAAGAAAAACAUAAUUA